AUGACUCUGUUCAGUCGUGUUUUAUUAUUUCUAAAGAAAAAGUCUUUCUCUAUUGCUGUUAGUUCUCUUUACUUCUAUAUAUGCAAAUCUCAUUUCUGCCUUCCAUACAUAUACACAACUCUGAAGUCAACAAUCUUUUGUCCAAAGAAAUUCAUCAUCAUGGAAACCCUAAGAGAGGAGGCUCCAUCAAGCUACUUGAUGAAGCUUGUUGGUUUCUCUGAGGUGAAAUUCAGUCAUCAACCUUAUGAAUCUGCUGAUUUCGACGCUGCGGGACAUAAAUGGAGAUUGAUAUUUUACCCGGCUGGAAAGGUAGAAGAAGGUGGAAAAGACCAUAUUUCGAUUUAUGCGAGGGUCGAAAAUGUUGGUGCUUCUGAGAUGCAGAUUGAUGUAGAACUCAAGUUCUUCCUCUACAAUCACAACGCAAAGAAAUACUCUGUUUUCCAAGAUGGAACUGUGAAGCAUUAUAGUAAGGAGAAAAAAGAGUGCGGAUUUGCACAAAUGCUUCUUCGUUCGAAGUUUAACGACCCAAAAAAUGGGUACACCGAUGGAGAUGCUUGUAUCGUUGGGGUGGAGAUAUUCGUUAUAAAGCCGAUAGAGAAGGUGGAGAGGGUUGUAUUCACACAAAACCCACCAACGAACAAAUUCACAUGGAAAAUCUCUGAUUUCUCAAAACUAGGAGACAAGAAAUAUCAUUACUCGGAUGAAUUUGUGGUCGGAGAAAGAAAAUGGAGAAUAAAAAUUAGCCCAAAGGGAGACAAAAAGGUAAGAGCACUUUCAGUCUAUGUUCAAGCCAUGGAAUAUUUGCCAAAUGCGGUAGCUUCUACCACUUACGCAAAGCUCAAACUUCAGCUAAUGAAUCAGAAAAACACUAACCAUAUUGAGAAACGUGGUACAUAUCAAACUAGUUUUUUUUUAUAUUUGGUUUUUCAUUUUUUCUCGAGAGAGAAGGAAGAUGGAUAUGGGACUUCUGAGUUAAUAUCUGUGGAGGAUCUAAAUGAUGAAUCAAAAGGGUACCUUGUGGAAGACACCAUCGUUCUUGAAACUACUUUGCUUUGUGUCACUGAGACUAAAGUAAAGUUGUGUGAUAUGUGCAAAUACAAAUUCUUUUUGUUAAAUCCACGUCAACAUGCAAAAUCCCAUUGGAAAAAAAAAAAAAACAUGCACAACCAUUUACUGCAAUUAUGGUGCAAUCCACAUAAUCGUUUAUAUGUGUUCGGGGUGGUCUUUUUGGGUUUGUUUGACAACGUGGAUGCGAGUGCCGAGGGCGAGGUGUAUCAGAUCUAG